AUGGACCGCAGUUUGGACCAGAACGGUGAAACCAGCCUCUGGGCUCGAGCGCUUGAGCUCGCAAAGCAGUCUGACGCACGAGAACAGCCAUGGAAGGCUGCUUUGGCAAUUGAGACCAAGGCAAAAGAGAAUGAUACGUAUGACCAGCUUCCGGACAAGUCGAAAGAAUAUUGGGAGGAUGGCAGCGGGGGCGAUGGAGGAGAUAUUAGACCAUGCACUCAUUGA